GUCAUUCAUAUUUCUUACAAGUUAUUUCGUAUUUUAAAAACAAAAAACAGUCUCAAAUCAACCAGCAGCGCAAAUAAGCCAAACCGGGUAUUCAGAGUGCGACGCGUCGAGAAGCCACAACAUUGCGCACUUCUGCAGCCGAGCUCGAGGCUUCCAGACUCAGAACAGCUGCGAGAUUGCUGUUCUCCUAUCGACGCACGCGCAGAGCUGCUUUAGAGACCUGUUUUUGAGCUGAUUGAGUCUGGAGCUGUGGUGAUUGAGCGCUGCUGAGUCUUGAUCUUCUAUUACUUUUGUGUUUGGAAAGAAGUGCAGUGGAAUUGUCUGCGGGAGAGAGAUUAGCACGCGUGUCUACUUCACCUCAUCCAUCUCAUUCCAUCACCACCAAUGGCCCGAUCCAAAACCGAAAGCAAAAAACUCUCAGCCGACGCGCAUCUCGACCGCUGGCUGCGACUCAGUCCCGAUCCCGACAAACGCCGCCGAUCGUCGUCCCGGUUGCGCGGGAACGAACCGCAUGACGAGACGACGACGGAGCCGCAGCGCAUUAACAAGCUGGUGUUGAAUGAGAAGAAUGAGUUUGUUUUGAGGGCGUUUGACGAUUUGGUUGUUGCGUCGGUCAAAUUGAGGUCGGCGGCGGAUGGCGAGAAGGUGCAGGCUCGGCGGGGGACAAUGCAGCGGGUGCGCGUGUUGACUUAUGAUGAGGAUAGCAAGAGUUACUCGUUGAAGAUGAUGGAGAAGGAGAUCGUGCGCAGGAUCACUCUAAACUCCGCUGCAGACGCACUCACGAUCAACGGCAACUCGACACCAGACGCACCGCCCGCCCACUCGUCGACCGUAACCACGACAAUCCGCAAACCUCGCGCCAAAAAAACCCGGUCUUCAACUACUACAGCUCUCGACAAAUCCUCAUCGUCUACUCCUCCCACCAUUGACUCAAACACCACUGGAACCUCACCUGCUCCCGACGAAGACGACCUCUAUCUCUGGUCGCAUGCCGGACAACUCUUUGACGAGGCUUCUACUCGUGUAAAGUCAGCACGAGGGAUCACUCCAUCUACUAGCACGGAGAAAACAUCAUAUGACAGCGACGACGCGUUCGAAGAACCAAUAGUCGUACCUGCCCCUCCGUCUCGAAGCCGACGGUCUGCGGCAGCAAGGGCUUCGAUCAGCAUUCAAAACUCAUCAGCGUUCUACGUCAGCAGCAGCAGCGAGGCCGAGGAUGAGGAUACCGCGCACUCAGGUUCCAAACGGUCGAAAAAGCAAAAGUCAUCAUCUAAACCCAAGCGAGCGAGAAAGCACGAGGAGGAAGACUCGGAUUUCGAUGAGAUCCAGCUCUCGGCGCUCGCGGAUGACGACGACUAUUUGCUUGAUGAGCUGGUCGAUAGUGAUGAGGAGAGCGGGAUUUUUGGGGAGGAGGACGAGUACGACUCUGAUGUUGUAGCCGAAGUUUCCGCAAAGGCCGCAGCACGCAAGAGCAGAGCUUCGCUGUCCGGAAAACCGACGCCCAAAGCGGCAGAGUAUACGAACGAGUUCCUCACGCGCAAGGGUCAGUCAGUCGAAGACUCUGAAGACCCUCCGAUCAGCAGUAUCUACGACAUGUUCAAAGACCUCGUCUCGCGAUACCCCGAGAUCCACAAAAUCACAGAGCAGCUCGCCGGUCGUAAACUCCGCGUUGCGACAAUGUGCUCGGGCACAGAGUCGCCGCUGCUGGCGCUGCGGAUGAUUGCGCGGACGGCGAAGCAGAAGAUGGGCCUCGAUCUCGAGUUUGACCACGCGUUUUCGUGCGAGAUUGAGCCGUUCAAGCAGGCUUAUAUUGAGCGGAAUUUUAAACCGCCUGUGUUGUUUAGAGAUGUUGUCGAGCUUGGAGAGGACGAAGCAAUGACCGCCUAUGGAUCGAUGGUCACCGUCCCGGGCGACAUCGAUAUCCUGAUCGCCGGAACAUCGUGCGUCGACUUCUCCACUCUCAACAAUCUGAAAAAGACGCUCGAAGACCAAGGAGAGUCCGGCAGAACCUACCGAGGCAUGUGUCGCUACGUCACCAAGCACAAUCCCACGAUCGUCGUCCUCGAGAACGUAUGCGGCGCUCCUUGGACAGAUAUCGUUGGUCAUUUCGAGGAAAUGGGCUAUGAUGCCCAGAGCGUCAAGCUUGAUUCGAAAGACUACUACAUCCCCCACACCCGUAACCGCGUCUAUCUCUGUGCGUUCAAAAAGGGACAUAGCGGUCUUGCAAACGAAUGGGCCAAGAAAGUACAGAGUCUGAAACGCCCCGCCUCAAGCUCGUUUGAAGCUUUCAUGCUUCACAGCGACGACCCGCGCGUUCUGGCCGUCCGAACAAAGAUGGCAAAAGAGAAUAUGGGUCCUACCCGAGGCCGCAUUGACUGGGAUCGCUGCGAACAACGCCAUUCAAAGGCACGGUAUAAAGAGCAGCUCGGCUUCAAGCGACCGUUCACGUCGUGGGACGAGAGCGGGUCUUGUCAGUUUGUUGAUACGUGGUGGAAGGAGUUUGGAGCGAAUCAGGUUAACCGGGUUCGCGAUCUUAUCGAUAUCACGUUCUUGAGAGCCGCGCAGGCUGACGUCGAUCCUGCAUUCAAAGCUGAGAUUUGGAACCUUUCCCAGAACGUCGAUCGAACUAUUUCCGCCCGUAUAACCGGCAUAGCCGCCUGCAUUACGCCCUCGACAAUCGCCUUCAUCACGAACCGCGGAGGACCAAUGAUCGGUCUUGAGGCACUCUCAAUGCAAGGCCUUCCUAUAGACGAACUCUACCUCACGCGCGAAACAGAGGACAACCUCUUCGAUCUGGCGGGAAACGCAAUGACGACAAUAGUAGUCGGCACAUGCAUUCUCACCGCGCUCACGCUGGGCUCUAAACUUCUAGUCAAGGAAUACGCGAAUCCGCUGUCAAACAAGCGAAUUGGCGAUGACGACGACGAGAGGAUCCCGCGCCCGAUUUUCAUCGGCCAGGAUAGACUCGCGCGGUCGGCCAUCGAUUUUGCCGAUUUCGAGGAUCGCACGUUUGCUGAGCUUGUAGAACUUUGCAAAAAGUCCAGACGCAUGUGCAUCUGCGAAGGACGGCACGCGAUAUCCUCCAGUCCGAUCCAAGUCUGCGAGAAGUGCGGGUUUUCUUCCUGCACUGCUUGUGGAGGCAAACCCGAGCAUUUAUAUAAGAUUGUCGACACUUCUGACCGUUUACCGCCAAGAGAGGUCGAGAAAAUGAUCAAAGACUCGCUUCCGAUGCGUAUCGUUGUCGAUGGUAUCGACGCAGACGGUUUGGAUAGUCUCAUCCCGGAAGGCGUGAAAGUCGAUGAUGCUCUGUGGACCGCGUAUAAAACGAGCACAACCAAGGCUAUCAGCUCUGAGCUCCGCUUUACCGACAUUCGCCGACAAGACAUUUGGAUCGUCACUUUUUCCUCUCUUGCUGCAAAGGCCGAGCUCAGUCUCGGCCCGGAUCCAGAAUGGCUUCUAUACGCCAUCCCGGACAAGAACGAGCCUGCGAAUAGUAAGAUUAGGUCGAUGCUGGAAAGCCCGAUUGCACGAAUGAAGCUCAAUAACUGGAAAACCCAAGAGGAUGAUCAGUGGGAGUUGCAUUUACCCGUCUUCACGUCAUUCACCGUCGUUAUCGACGGGAACGAGGUCGAUGGCGAGCAGCGUACAGUUCCGGCAUGGCAGGACCGUCUCGGUCUGCAGGGGAAGUAUGCGGGCAUGCAGCAGUAUGAGAGUCUUCGAGUUGAAGCUGUGCCUGUUUCCAAGUACAUGGAGGAUAUCUCUGGGGUGUACCAUGCUCUCCCAAAAUGCGGGACAGCAAAAGAUCAGCUCUACAAGAGUGAGAGCGGGAUCAGUCUGUUUUUCGAUCCCUCGCGGUGCCGGAAUCCUACCCUAGAUCACGCCGUCUUUGCUCGCGAUAAUCGCCGGCUUGAAUACCAGGAAUCGAGGAUUACUAUUGCCAAGCUGAGUCCUGAGUGGCAUCCGUACACCGAUAACGAUAACGUCAACGUUGAGGCGACCAUGAGCGGCCUCUGGAUUCCCGUCCCCGGCUCGACCAUCGCUCCGCAUCGUCCUCCAAAGGCUCCUGUUGUGAUGCAGCCAAGCGAUAAAGAUAGCCUCGCGGUAGAUCACGAAAACUGCGAGCACUCGACCACGCUGCUCUACGCUGAGAUUCCUCGGGAUGACGAGAGUGUGAAAGUCGCCGAGAUUGACGAAGAGCUUUGGGAAAAGGCUGCGACGGGAGACUGGUUCGUGGUCGAUAAUAUCCAUGCCCGUGGCGUGUUCAAGGACUUGAGAUGGAUAACCGAGCGUGCGCGCAAGAUGCCGAUGAUGCAAACAUGGUCGGUAGUCGAGACCGCGGCCGAAAGCAAGCACUGCGACCGGUGUGCACCGCUCGUACCCACAUUCCAGCUCGUCAGCGGACAAAAGGGAAUAAUAAUCCAAGAAGAUAUCGGCCAGGCAAGCAAGUUUGAGUACGCGCUCAAACGCCGUCCGGAGCCGUUCACGACCGAGAUCAAGAUCGAUGCGGAUAACGCGAUGAUGAGGAUCGGGCUCAACUGCGGCGCGCUCCUGCACCGCGGUGUCGCGCGGUUCCCGCCCUCGAUGAACCCGACUUCGGCUCUGAAGCUCUCGUGGAGGAUUGAUACCGAGUUUGAGGCGUUGCAGGUUCUUCCGCAGUGCAAGUUUGUGCUGCAGUCGAAUAGAGAGGAUACGCCGUGCGCGCAGCCGCCUGUAUGGAAUCCGCGAAACAAGCUUCGGCCUGAGCAACUUCGGUCGUUGGCGUGGAUGAAUUAUAUGGAGACCGAGGCAGCAGGCACGUUCACUGAGGAGGAAAUCGUGGAGUGCAUUCUUGAGCCGAUCGGAUGGCGCGCAGAGGGAAAGGUCGAGAGAGAAGUGACUGUGCGCGGCGGCGUUUUGGCGGACGAGGUUGGGUAUGGCAAGACUGCGAUCUCGAUUGGUUUGAUUAGUUGCACCCAGGAUGCUGCAGCUGCGGAUGAGAGGGUGACGAGCCCUGAGAGGCGGGUUGUUGAUGGCCAGAUUCAGAUCAAGGCGACCUUGAUUCUGAUUCCUGGACAUCUAAUUCAGCAAUGGGUAGCAGAGUUUCAAAAGUUCACGUUUAAUGAAUUCGACAUCAUCCAGCUCAGUGGGCUAAACUCACUGAACAAGUACUCGAUUGAGGAUUUCAUGAAGACCGACGUCAUCGUUGCCGCGUCGUCAAUAUUCGAUUCAGUCAACUAUCACCUGAACCUAGCCUGCCUUGCGGGCGUGCCCUCGAUCCCUGUUACCAAGAACGGCAGCCGCGAGUUUGCGUUCCGGUACGAGCGCGCGUUGGAGAUUUUAAAGACACAAACUGAGAUCUUGGUUAAAGACGGCGCGACUGCGAUGCUGGAUCACGCGCGCAAGUCGUUUGAAGAGACUUUGAAAGACGAGGUGACGUCGAUUGAAAAUUCAAAGAGACUGAAAGGAGCUAAGCUUCAGCAACGGAACUCAAAGAGUGGCUCCAAGAAAAAGGAUCUGAACAAGGAACGUGCCCAGAGGUUAGUGCAGGAUCCAUUCUGUCUCAAGUCGCAAGCGACGAAGAGGGAUUGGAAAAAGAUGAAGGCUCCGUUGUUUGAGAUGUUUAGGUUCAACCGGGUUAUCAUUGAUGAGUACACGUAUCUCGACGGUGCGGUUCUUGAGAUGAUUCAGCAUAUCUCAGCUGAGAAGAGGUGGAUUUUGUCUGGAACUCCGCCGUUGUCGGAUUUUUCUUCGGUUAAGAGCAUUGCUUCGUUUUUGGGCAUACAUCUUGGUAUUGAUGACGAUAACGAAGGAAACUCUGAUACUAUGAAGAAGCGCAAGCGAGAUCAGACGGCGGUGGAAAGAUUCCACUCGUAUCGAGAGAUGAGAUCUCUGAACUGGCACGCGCACCGGAACCAAAUCGCGCAGGCAUUUCUCACAAAAUACGCGCGGCAAAAUACGGCUGAUAUCGAUGAAAUUUUAAAGACGGAGAAACUGAAGAUGGUCAGUCUGACCAUGGCCGAAGGCGCAAUCUAUCUCGAACUGAAGCAUUUCCUCCAACUCCUAGACAUGCGGAUGAAGAAGCGCCAGAAAGGCGACUCUGAUCGCGAGCAGAGGCUUAAUCAGUCUCUCGGCGACUCUGCGACUGCUGAAGAAGCGCUGCUGAAGUGCGCGUCUCACUUCGAUCUGAAGGUUUAUCUUGGGGAUGACUAUCAGCAGCAGGAAAGCAAGAAAGAUAUCGGUGAGUGUGAGAGUAUUGUGGUUAUUCGAAAACGCCAGCUUGAUGAGUGCAAGCGGGAUUUGUAUCGCGAGUGUGUGAAGGCAGAGGAGAUGGUUUAUGCGCUGAUGAAGUUCCACCACCGGAGUCCGGAUAAGUAUAUGACUUGGAAGCAGAGGCUUGGGUCGUUGGGGGACGCAACAGUCGCGAUCAAGAUCGAGAACAUUGUCGAGGAAGCAAAGCGGGCAGCUGCGAAGAAGAUGGAGCAGUACAAGCGUGGUUCGGCUGCAAGUGCGGACAUUGAGCUUCCGGUGGACGAGCUUGAGUUUGUGCUCGAUGAGCGCGUGCACCUGAUUCAUCGACUAGCCAAAGAGUAUCUGCAGCGGAAGCGGGCAUUGAUGUAUUUCGAAAACCUGUUGACCGUGAUGGCGUCCGGUGAUGUCGAAGUCACAUGUCUGGGGUGCGACCGAAAGAUCAAGGAUCGCAGUCAGAUCACUAUAAUCUCAUCAUGUGGACACAUGGGAUGUUCAGACUGCGUCUCGGCGGCGGCUAUGAGGGAAGAGUGUUUUAUAGGCGAGGGCUGUGCUUCGCUGACAAACAGAAACAAUACAGUCAUGGCGGACACUAUUGGCGCCAAAGAUCGCCUGGUGAGUUCAGAAAACCAGAUCUUUGGCUCAAAGAUGGAGGAUCUCGCUGAUUUGAUCGAGUCUGAGAUCCCAGCCGACGACAGGGUGUUGCUGUUUGUACAGUUCGAGGCUUUGAUGGAGACUGCAAAGUUGUUGCUGGAGGAUCGUGGGAUCGACUUUAUGGUGAUUUCGGGAUCGGCGCAUAACCGAAGUAAGCAGCUCGAGCAGUUUCAGCAGGUGGAGAGCACGUGCAAAGUUUUGCUUUUGAACGUUGCCGAUGAGAGCGCGAGUGGAGCAAACCUCACGGUCGCCAACCACAUUAUAUUCCUGUCUCCGCUAUUGAGCAACACUGUCGACUCCUACCGUGCGCGGGAGACCCAAGCGAUUGGACGAGCGGUGCGGUAUGGCCAGACUAAAGAGGUGAAGAUCUGGAGGUUCUUCACGCGAGACACUAUCGAUACCGAGUUGUUUGAGAAUAUGACUGGCAGGAAAGUGCUCGAGGAGAUAGUAGAGGGUAUGGAGAGUGAUCGAGAUGUGUAUUGCUAGAGCUGGUAUGAUAUUUGAAAUGUAGAGAAGAAAUAUACACAAUUGAUAUAUAGUCGCUUCUGUCUCUUUAAGGCAAUAGUCAAAACAGGC